CGUAUCCUACAUUUCCACCUUUUUCUAUUUUCACUCCCUUUCAUUAACAGACCUCCAUCGAUCGGGCAAUCACCUGCUCUUCGGCUAAAUUCACCGUUCACCUCUCUCAAUUCCCUUCAUUUGAUUUCCCCUAUCUCUCUUCAACACCCCCCCCCCGUUUCCUUCUCUUCAAAUCCUUAAAAAAAAACAAUAACCUAAUUUCACCAUCAAUUAAUUCUAGGGUUUGCCCUAACCUUCAACAAACAGCACAGUUUGUUGAAUAUCCUACAAUUCCACCCUUUAAAGUCCGUAUUUUGCUAUCAAUUGAUUCAAUUCGCCUGAAUUCACGGCUAAAAAGCGUAACUGUAUCCAUGGUUGCUCUAUUUCGAUGAAAUCAUGGACGAUUUCAAGGGAGAUGUAGAUAAGGAGUCGUGUUCGAAGUCAAUAAACGAGACGGUGAAUGGGUCUCACCAGUUUACGAUAAAAGGGUAUUCAUUAGCGAAAGGAAUGGGAGCUGGGAGAUGCAUACCGAGUGAUGUUUUCAACGUGGGUGGUUAUGAUUGGGCGAUUUAUUUUUAUCCAGAUGGGAAAAACCCUGAGGAUAGCUCGAUGUAUGUGUCGGUUUUUAUUGCGUUAGCGAGCGAAGGAACGGAUGUUAGGGCUUUGUUCGAGUUGACGCUGGUGGAUCAGAGUGGGAAAGGGAAGCAUAAAGUACAUAGUCAUUUCGAUCGUGCGUUGGAGAGUGGACCUUAUUCAUUGAAGUACAGAGGCAGCAUGUGGGGUUACAAACGUUUCUUCCGAAGGACAACCUUGGAAACUUCUGAUUAUCUGAAGGAUGACUGCCUUAUCAUGAACUGCACUGUUGGAGUUGUCAGAACUCGUCUUGAAGGACCAAAACAGUACUCCAUUUCAGUUCCACCUUCAGACAUGGGUUGGGGUUUUAAAGAACUACUGGAGUCUGAAUCUGGUUGUGACAUAGAUUUCCAGGUUGGUGAUGAAACAUUUAGAGCUCAUAAGCUGAUCCUUGCUGCUCGUUCACCUGUUUUCAGAGCUCAAUUUUUUGGACUUGUUGGGGAUCCUAACAUGGAUAAAGUAGUAGUGAAGGAUGUUGAUCCCUUGAUAUUCAAGGCAAUGCUUCUGUUUAUAUACACAGACAAACUUCCCGAUGCACAUGAAAUAACUGGUUCGACAUCAAUGUGCACAUCCACCAAUAUGGUGCAGCAUCUGUUGGCUGUCUCUGACCUUUACAAUUUAGAUCGAUUGAAAUUGUUAUGUGAAGCAAAGUUGUGUGAGGAACUCAGUGCUGAGAAUGUGGCAACAACACUGGCAUUGGCUGAGCAGCAUCAGUGCAUGCAACUGAAGGCCAUCUGUUUGAAAUUUGCAGCAAAUCCAGCGAACUUGGGAGCGGUAAUGCAGUCAGAAGGGUUCCGACACUUGGAGGAGAGCUGCCCUUCAAUGUUAUGUGAGUUGCUGAAGACACUUGCUUCUGGAGAUGAGAACUCAAGUCUUCUGUCAGGUAGGAAGAGGAGUGGCAGCAGUUUACUUGGGGUUGAUCUAGCGGAUGGGGCUCCAGCAGAAUCAGCAAAUCCCAAUGGCAGGCGUUUGAGGAGGCGGUUUUAGAUGUAGAUAGUGGCAUGCAAAUUGUAAUUCUGUCCUCCUCUAUGGAAUGUGAUCUAGCGAUAGUGUGACUGACAUCGAAAUUUCGUCCUGAUUCCUGUAUGGUGUAUGAUCAAGAGUGUUGGUAGUUGCAAGUUUUGUUUUUAUAA